AUGGAGUCUCUGUUUGGAGGAGGGGAGCUGCAGGGUCUCCUGGGGGGAGGCGAUGGGGGUCACGGUGGCCUGAAGGAGGAGGUGGGCAUGGGCAUGGGUAUGGGCAUGGGCGUGGGCAUGGGGGUGGUGGGCUGCGGAGGCGUGGGGGGCUGGAGGGGGUCGCCCUCCCCCGAGGAGAUGUACUCGGCGCCCCACUUCGCCGUCAUCACCGCCUACCAGGAGAUCAAGAGCCGCCUGGCCGGGCUGGAGCGCGAGAACAGCAGCAUCAAGCGCAAGCUGAAGAUAUACGAGAUCAAGUUCCCCAUGAUCAGUGAGUUCGGUGAGGAUCAGAACUCCUACUGUUCCUUUGAGCCCAAAGAGACAGCCCUGUUGCAGUCGGAGAACGGCAACCUACAGCAGAGAGUCAACAUUCUCACACAUGAGCUCCAGAAGAGUAAGGAUCGUGAGGAGCAGCUGGAGGAUGUCAUCCAGGCCUACGAGAAGAUCCACAUGGAGAAGAGCAACCUGCAGAGAGACCUGGACAAGAUGACGUCUCUGGUUGAGAAGCAUGUGGAGCGGAUCCACAACCUGGAGGUGGCCCUGAGGCAGAGAGAGAACUCCCUCCACAAGCUCAACUCCCUGCAGCUGCACAGUAAGGACAUGCAGUAUCUACAGCUCCACGCCAGCCCCCCCAACACGCCACACUUGCUGGACUGUCCGGCGUUGACCCUUCAGAGCUCCCGUAGUCUGGACGCGUUAUCCGACCUGAAGCUGCAGCAGCUGGAGGCGGAGCUGGAGGGCGCCCGUCACGAGGCCGAGGGGGCGCGGCAUGAGGCCGAGGGGGCGUGUCAGAGAGAGGCGGAGCUAAAGGCCCAGUGCGAACGCAUGCAGGAGGAGCUCCACCAGCUGCAGAGCAACCAGAGAGAACGGGGCAUGACGGCCACCUGUGCCCAGUGUGACGUGGAGUGGAUUAAGAAGGUCGGGGAUGAGCAGGUGAACCUGGCGCUGGCCUACACGGAGCUGACGGAGGAGCUGGGUCGACUGCAGACGCUCAGCGCCAAGCAGAGCGAGAUCCUGAGGAAGGUCUCCCAGGAGCAGGCCAGCCCCGUUCAGCGCCACUCGCCGAUCCCCCAGCGUCACUCCCCUGUGUCCCAGCGCCACUCCCCAGUACCCCAGCGGCGUUCCCCCGUCCUGCAGCGCCUCUCCCCGGACAUGCACCGCCGCUCUCCCCUGCCCUUUACGGACCUCAGCGAUGGCCCGGCCUCCUACUCAUGCCGACCCCCGUCGCAACACCUGAGGGCCAGCUUUCAAGGCCGCAGGAGCUACUCGGAGGUGGCGGACCCCUCGGUGUACCAGCGGCCACCCCGCUUCAUCCUGGACCCGGUGUCCACGCUGCCCAAGCCUCGGCCCUACGUGGACGGCUACCACAAGCAGCAAGGGCAGCAGCAGCUCCAGAGCCAGCAGCAGCACCCAGGCGGACAGAGGCUCAUUGCCCAGCGGAGAGGCUCCCAUCCGGGAGUAGGAGUGGGAGGAGGCGUGCGAACCGAGUCCCCUCGCCACUCUCCGAGGGAGCUCAGCUUCCCGAUGGCCGAGGUGUCCCACCUGAGGUUCGAGCCGCAACCCUCGACGCCGCCGGCCCCGCUACACCCGGCCCCUCCCCCUCCUCCGCAGCAGCAGUCGUCCGAGGACGAGGAGGAGUGGAGCUGCCCGCACCCCAUCAGCCCGCACCCCAUCAGUCCAGCGCGGACUCUCGGAUCGCCGAGGGGGUCGGUGACGGUGAUGUCCCCGUCCUCCAUGAGGGGCCCGGCCUCCUGCUCGGCGUUCCCCGUCUCCAGCCCUCGUCCCCAGAACAUGCUCUGUCCACAGGGGUACCUGCACGCCGAACACGCCCAGUCAUGGCCCUCCAUCAAUCUGUGGAUGGAGACAGAGGAGGAGUCGGACAUGCGCAGCUGCCCGCUGUGCCAGCUCAUCUUCCCCAUGGGCUACCCUGACGACGCCCUCAUCAAGCACAUCGACUCACACCUGGAGAACAGCAAGAUAUGA